CUCACACCAGACAAGGAACCCUACCGGUUGACCUUAUAUAAAAGCUCUGCUUUUCAACACUUAACGACAUUCAACUGAACAUUUGCUCAACAUGGCAGAAGCAAGGCUUGCUGUAGGCUUACAGAUACAAGUYACAGAAGAAGGGUUUCAUCUUCACUUCGACAGCGAUGCGUUUAAGUUCGUYCUUCGUGCGUUGGCACGAUCAGCCAAAAGGCGCAUCAAGGACGUCAAGAACGCUAUUUUGAAGCGUUCUUUUCCAGCUACUCCUGCUUCUUGGUUCGUGUUAGUAGCCGCCUUGAGUGCRGCGAGGUAUUCAGAACAUCAAGCGACAUUGGGAGUUUUGGGAAAGCUUGAACAAGGUUUCCCUGGGGCGCAUAAUCUCAACCCCAAUACUGUGAUUGCAUUGGCUGUGCUGUUUGUUGCUACAAUCUUAUGGUUGUUGAUUGGGAAAAUUUAUCAGUUUACAUUACGACAGUUGCUGAAGUAUCGGUCAUUUUUAUAUGAACCAAGAGGACAUAUAUCAUCCAAGACCAAGUGUUGGUGGACUCUUGUUAAACUAUUUGGAGGAAAGAAUCCUUCUCUGUACAGCUAUGAAAAGUCAAUGCCAUAUUUGCCUGUCCCUGACUUGGAUCAGACUGUCCAAAAGUACUUGGAAUCUGUGAAACAUCUUAUGGAUGAUGAGAAGUACCAAAAAGUAGAGCAAAUGGCCAAAGAGUUUAAGGAAACCGGAGUUGGCUCAAGGCUUCAAAGAUAUCUUGUCCUGAAAUCGUGGUGGUCAAACAAUUAUGUAACUGAAUGGUGGGAACAGUAUGUUUACCUACGCUCUAGAAGUCCUAUUAUGAUCAACAGUAACUACUAUGGYGUGGACAGUGUCAAUCAUCCAACUAAAAUCCAAAGUGCUCGUGCUGGGAAUAUCAUCCAUUCYUUGUUUUACUAUCGCAAGCUUAUCAGCAAAGAGAAAUUAGAACCACAAUUUGCUCUUGGGAUUGUACCUGUAUGCUCAGAACAGUUUAGAAGAACUUUUAACACCACUAGAAUUCCUGGCAAAGAACAAGAUAAGCUGAUGUCUUUCCCAGAAUACAAUCACUGUGUUGUGUACCAUAGAGGAAGAUUUUUUAAACUUGAUUGUUACUUUAGAGGUCAGUCAUUAAAACCUGCUGACAUUGAAAGGCAAAUUGAAAAGAUUUUACAUAAUACAACAGAGCCUCUUCCUGGUGAACUUCUUCUUCCAAGCCUUACAGCAGCCAACAGGACUUUGUGGGCUGAAACUAGAGAGGCAUACUUUGGUGAGGGUGUGAACAAGAAGUCAUUAGAUAUCAUUGAAAAGGCUGCUUUUUUCCUAAUCCUUGAUGACAAAGAAAUGGAUUAUUCYGAGUGCAACUCAGAUGACCUUGACAAGUUUGGUCGACAYGCCAUCCAUGGCARUGGCCAUAACAUUUGGUUUGACAAGUCUUUCAAUAUUAUUGUUUAUUCCAAUGGAAGAAUUGGUUUCAACUGUGAACAUUCAUGGGCUGAUGCACCYAUCUGUUCUCAUAUGGCUGAGAUUAUCGUCACUGAUGAUGCYAACUAUCUUGGAUAUAAGGAAGAUGGACACUGUAAGGGUGAACCUCAGUACAAGAGCAUGCCGUCCCCAAUGAAGCUAGAAUGGGAUAUCCCUACAAAGUGCAUCAACACUAUGGAGAUUUGUGAAAGAAAAAAUGUUGAAAUGAUCUCUGACUUAGAGCUACAUAUUGAAGUUUUUAACACAUUUGGCAAGGGGGUCAUAAAGAAGUGCAAAGUCAGUCCUGAUGCUUUCAUUCAAAUGGCCAUGCAGUUGGCUUAUUUUAAGGAUCAAGGGAGAUUUGAUCUAACUUAUGAAUCAUCAAUGACWCGUCUCUUCAGGGAUGGACGCACAGAGACCGUGAGGGCUUGUACCAAUGAGUCUUGUAUAUUUGCUAGAGGAAUGAUGGACCCAGAAAUGCCAAAAGACAAAAAGAGAGAACUUUUCGUAAAAGCCACAGAUCGUCAUGUCUUUGGAUUCAGACAAGCCAUGGAGGGAAAAGGUAUUGAUCGGCAUUURUUUUGUCUGUAUGUCGUAUCCAAGUAUCUUGAGACGGAUUCUCCAUUUUUGAAUGAGGCGCUGAGUGGAUCAUGGAAGUUAUCAACUAGCCAGACUCCAACCAACCAAACAAAGCGACUGGACUUGAAAAAGAACCCGGAGCUGUUAACAGCCGGUGGUGGCUUCGGACCAGUUGUAGACGAUGGCUAUGGUAUAUCAUAUAUCAUAGGGGGCGAAAACACGCUAUUCUUCCACAUAUCUUGUAAGGAUUCUGCGUCGAACACUGAUGCAAAAAGAUUGGGGAGAUUUAUUGCCGAAAGUCUAGUAGAAAUUCAASAACUUUUUGAAUAAAACUAUGAAAUGAGGAUGGAAGAGAAGUGAAUGGUAUCCCUGUAAAUUAACAAUUUAAAUGCGACGAACUUCUCUUGAUGUUCUCAAAAGMAAUGGCUGAACAAGGAAAGUCUGAAUAAGAAAUCAAARUAAAUAAUUGUGCUGGAAAGAAGCAAGAAUCCAUUGCCUUGUCUUCUAAAUUUAACCUCCUUUGCAGACAUCUAACUACAUAAGUUGUCUGCAACUGGGGGUAUAUUUUAUUGACAUGUGUUGAGGUUCAUARUUAAAAAUAGAAGUAUACCAAAUUGUAGGAAUUGCAAUACAGAAGAGCAGAAUGCUUAUGCAUUAAUCUAUGUACUUUAGUGUUACAUAUACAGUAUUGCUUGUGCUUUUGUUUCUUUUUUGUUUUGUUUUUUGUUUUUGUCCGAGUCAUGAAUACGUCUAACCAACAAGGUUUUGAUUGUGCACAUAUUUAUAGAAUAUUUUAAGUAUGUUGUCUUGAUGGUCUUAAAACUAAAACCGUAAUUAUAAUUUCAAAACAAAUAAUAAUAAUUUAUGAUAUUAAAUUAUUUUAAGAAAUGUUAUGGUUUGACAAUAAACAGUGCUCUUUACAAAUAAUAUAAUUGUCUGUAAUUAUCUAUAAUUAUCUAUAAUUAUCUUUAUAAUUAUUUGUAAUUAUAUUUAUCUCUUUGAAUUUAUGUAAAUUGGUAGUUUUGAAGCAAACUGUCUUGAAUUCUUGAUAUAAAUACUUAGUUUUGUAUAGUGUGAUAAAUUUAUCUUUUAAAAUAAAAUAAUUGACUUGUGUGGUGAUUUAA